AGGGGCCCUGAGCCUGCCAUCCCCACCCUGACAGCUUGGCUGCAGCACUGAGCACCCAGCACCAUGUGACCAACUCCAACAUUAAGUCCCGGCCGCGGAAGGAUCUGCUAUGGAGAAGGGGGAAAAAAACACCUCACGGUGAACAUCCCCGCCGUGAUUUCAGCCCUGUCUCCUCGUAUCCCUCCGUCAGAGAGCGGCGCCCCCUACAGGAGACAGUAAGUUGCUGCCGUUGCCAUCCUCCCGCUCUGCUAUCAGGACAAAGAGAGCCGGGUGCCUUCAACGGGGCUGAGAGCGCCGCCAUUUCGGGCCCGCCGCUUCUGCCAGGCCGGACACGUUUGUGUUUUCCCGGGUUCUCUUCACCCCCCGCCCGGACAAUGAGUCCCCCCACAUGCUAAUGAGCAGCUGACGCCACAUCCGAUCUUUCUCGGACGCCAUUUUGGCCAGGGCAGGAUCGGAGCCGCCGUGUAUUGUCUGGAGGAGGAACCCGGCCGCCGGCUCCCGCCUCAUCCUCCUCCUCAGCACCAUCUCCCGCCACCGCCAACCCCUCCCUGCCGGCCGGUGAGGGGGACCCCGGAGCCCGGCACCUGGACAGCUGAAGGAGGACCCACUGGAUGCAUGGAUGUUAUCUGCCCUGGCCUUGCCUUCUUUGAAGAUACCAUACACUGGCACCAUCUUUACUUUAACUUUUUGAUCUAAUUUUGAGAAACAAAAGGCAGUAAAAAUGUUCCAGCUUCCGGUUAACAAUCUGGGCAGUUUACGAAAAGCCAGGAAGACUGUGAAGAAGAUCUUGGGUGAUAUUGGCCUGGAGUAUUGCAAAGAUCAUGUAGAUGAGUUCAAGCAGUUUGAGCCCAACGACUUCUACGUGAAAAACACAUCAUGGGAUGAUGUAGGACUGUGGGACCCCUCACUCACUAAAAAUCAGGACUACAGAACAAAACAGUUCUGCUGCAGCCAGUGUCCGUUCUCUUCAAAGUUCUUCUCUGCUUACAAAAGUCACUUUCGAAACGUUCACAAUGAAGACUUUGAGAACCGGAUCCUUCUGAACUGUCCAUACUGUACUUACAAUGGAGACAGAAAGACUUUGGAAAUGCACAUUAAGGUGUUCCAUGCACCAAACAACCCUCAGCCAAGCCCGGUCCUCAGCGCUUUUAAAGAUAAAAACAAGCUCGACAGCCUUAAACCUAAGCAGGCCGACAGCGUGGAGCAAGCUGUUUAUUAUUGUAAAAAGUGCACUUACAGAGAUCCCCUUUAUGAAGUGGUGAGAAAACAUAUAUACAGGGAACAUUUCCAGCAUGUUGCGGCACCGUACGUUGCGAAGGGUGGUGACAAAUCACUGAAUGGUGCCGUGCCUAUAGGGGCAAGCCCAAGCAAUGAUAGCAGCAUUCAUUGCAAGAGAUGCCUUUUUAUGCCGAAGACGUAUGAAACCUUAGUUCAGCAUGUAAUUGAAGACCAUGAACGUAUUGGGUACCAAGUGACGGCUAUGAUAGGACAUACAAAUGUGGUCGUUCCUAGGUCCAAGCCAUUGAUGCUGAUAGCUCCAAAGCCACAAGAUAAAAAACCUAUGGGCAUUCCACAGAGAAUAGGUCCAAUGUCCCCAGGAAAUGUCCGAACUCUUCCUUCUCAACAAAUGGUGAAUAGACUUUCAAUACCAAAGCCUUCAAUGAACUCUAACAUGAUGUCCAAUGUCCAUAUGCAGCAGAAUAACUAUGGGGUGAAAGGAUUGUCUUCAGGGUACCCUGUUGGGCAGCAAAUGAGAUUAGGAAUGGGUAGUAAUGCAUCGGUUUCAAUUUCCCAGCAAUCCCAGUCCAUGAAGCAGAUGCUUCCUGGUGGAAACAUGAGAACUUACUCUCUUGGUAAUGAGCAAAGAUCGCAGGCUAAUUUAAGGUACUCUCUUCAGUCUGGAAACUCCAGCCUUACAGGUGGCCAUCUUAAACCAGCUUCCAUGACUCCACCCCAUGUUGCAUCUCGAGGGCUGAUUCAGCCAGGAGCAAAGCCCACUGCUGCUGCGGCAGCCGCUGCAGCAGCCGCUGCCAACUCUUCCUCCUCCACCCAGAAGUGGAAGAUAUGUACAAUUUGCAACGAGUUGUUUCCAGAAAAUGUGUACAGCAUUCACUUUGAAAAGGAGCACAAGGCAGAAAAAGUUCCAGCAGUGGCAAACUACAUAAUGAAAAUCCAUAACUUCACAAGCAAAUGUCUAUACUGUAACCGAUACUUGCCAACAGACACGCUGCUAAAUCAUAUGUUAAUCCACGGCCUCUCCUGUCCUUACUGUCGGUCCACUUUCAAUGAUGUAGAGAAAAUGGCAGCGCACAUGAGGGUGGUUCACGCUGAUGAAGAAAUGGCACCUAAAACGGAUUCAACUUUAACAUUUGACUUGACAUUACAGCAAGGAAGCCACACAAAUAUACAUUUACUGGUCACCACAUACAACCUGCGUGAUGCUCCAGCUGAAUCCGUAGCUUACCAUGCACAGAACCAACCUGCUGCUGCUGCUGCUGCUGCUGCUCCUCCUCCUCCAAAAACUCAAGCAAAGACCGUGGAAAAGGUGGAAGCGCCUGUGAAAAACUUGCCACAGACUGCCGUGCCGUACAAGAAAGAUGUAGGCAAAACACUGUGUCCUCUCUGCUUUUCCAUCUUAAAAGGUCCCAUAUCUGAUGCUCUUGCCCAUCAUCUGAGGGAAAGACAUCAGGUCAUCCAGACCGUUCAUCCUGUAGAGAAAAAGCUCACCUACAAAUGUAUCCAUUGUCUAGGCGUGUACACUAGUAACAUGACUGCUUCAACCAUUACUCUGCAUCUUGUACAUUGUAGAGGGGUAGGCAAAACCCAAAAUGGCCAAGACAAGUCAGGUAUCAUUAAAAUUAAUCCAGGUCAAACUAUGUCUUCAAUGAAACGUUCCAAUGACUUCAUGGAUUUGUCACUCGCCAAGAGGAGGCGGCCAGAUGAGGACCCUGAUGCCCCGAUCAUUUUAGAUGAUAAACCUGAAGAGCCAGUGGUUUUGGCCCUAGACCCCAGGGGCCAUGAGGAUGACUCUUAUGAAGCCAGAAAGACAUUCCUUACCAAAUACUUCAACAUGCAGCCCUACGCAAGCAGAAGAGAAAUUGAAAAGUUGGCAGCCAGCUUGUGGUUAUGGAAGAAUGAUAUAGCAUCCCAUUUUAGCAACAAAAGGAAAAAAUGCACUCGGGAUUGUGAGAGAUACAAUCUUAGUGUCUUGCUUGGCUUCAACAUGAGGGAGCUAAAUAAAGUCAAACAUGAAAUGGAUUUUGGUGAUGAGUGGAAGUUUAAGAACAUUGAUGAGAAUCAGUCCACUCCUAACGCUAGUAAAACGGUGGACAAGAAAAAGCUGAAUGAGUCCAACUCCUCAGACUCAUCUGAAAAUGCUGCAGAGGACUCCAGUGAAAGUGUAAUUGAGCAAACUCCAGAGAAGGCUCUCAAAUCCCCAAAUUCAGAACAGAACACAAGUCUUUUAGAGCAACCCUUGGAAUUGCUAGAAAACCAAAAUGCAGGCACUACAUCAAAGGCCAAUGACAAUUCUAGUGAAAUAAUUUUGGACAGCUCUGACAAUGAUGGAGAGGUGCCUGAUUCUCCUGUCCCAAAGGACAAUGUCAAACCUUCAAACAGUAAGCCUGUGCCAGCAGAGUUGGACUUGGAGGAUAGUAAUCCAGAGUUGAAAGACGAAAUUUGCAUCAAUGAUUCCAACCACAGUAAAGAUGCUGAAAAUGGUGAAGAGAUUGAGAAAGAUCACUUAGUUGAAAGUGACGAGGAGGCAGCGGAAUGCAAAUCAAAAUCUCACAACAAAGCCGAAGAAUUCUGGUCUAAAGAGAAGUCUCUCUCAAAACCCAAUGUGUCCACGAAAGAGGAAAACGCAACAGAGCAACCAAUGGAGUGGAAAAGUAGCACAAAUGACAGAGAAGAUGGCGAUCACUUUAACAUGACUGUUACAGACAAAAUGCACAACAGUCUAGCAGGAGUAGGACUCAGUAGCCAACAAGUAUAGGUUUAACUUUUUUAGACCCCACUUGUAUGUACAGCCUGUUAGCUGAUAUUUUCAUUACAACAGGACUGGUAAGCUACCCCAUAGAACUGUUAUUUGUGGUCUCCUGCACGGAACUAUGUCAGACGCUGGAUUUCCACACAUUGUUUCAAUGGCUUGCUCUACUUUCCUGCGUUUGGCACAUACCGAUGUGAUGAGCAACAUUGGAUAAUACAAAGUGCACGUUUAACCCCCCCCCUUUUUUUUCCCCCCUUUUUUUCCAAGUUUUUCACCAUGUUCAUUGUUAUUUUUCUAAUUUUUCUCUUACAAAAAAAAUUAAAACAAAAAAAAUGCAGAGAAACCCAACAAACCUCCCCGAGCGUGAGGUUUCCUACCCUCUGAACUACGAGACGCCCUCUGCAGGUUAUUCAGAAUUUUCUGGCUCACUGUGUAUAGAAGCUUUGAGAUUUUUUUUUUUCCCUCCCCUCUUGUCAUGAAUCCAUUCUAAAUAGAUAAAAUGUAUAUUUGUACAGUAUUUUAGACUUCUUCAAAGUGAGACUGAUGAAAGUGUUCUUGUGCACCCACGAUAUAUAUAUAUUUUUUUUUUUAGUGACAGCCUGCUGUGUAAUAACGCUGUAUCUAGUUUACUUAGCAAAAGGCUUGAAACUGCUAUAGUUAAACAAAAAAAUAUGAAAAAAACACAAACUUAAUAUGACUUUUGAUGAACUUGGGUUUUUGCACAUAAUCUGUACAAUCUGAAAAAUGGAGUCUGUCAUAUGAAAUAUAUCUGGACAAUUGUAAUACUUUGUUUGCUGCCCCCCAAACCCUGAACAUUUGAGCUGAUGGAAAACCUGGUAUCCUGGAAGAGAGGUAACAAUAUAUUAGUCUGUGGUGCUAGUGUGCUUCUGAGGUGACCAUUUGGGAAGGAUGCAGCCUAACCUGUCUUGGGCUUUGAUGGGAUAGGCUGAGCACUGGCUCGUUCCACAGAAUGGCCGCAUCUGCUGGUUGUCAUGCUUCAACCUAGGUAGCACUAUUGCAAGAAAAAAUAAAGAAACCACAAAACAUUUGCUAGUCCAACAUAUUCUGAUACCUUUCUAAAGGUAGAACUCUGUAUAAUAUGUAUUGUGUUUAAAGUAUCAAAAAAAGAGAAACACAAUGCCGUAUUUUCGUUAUUAGUAUAUUUAGUUGCCCACCUAGUGAUGUUCAUUUAUUCCAUCUAAUAUUUGGCACACUGUUGUAGUAGUAUUUUGUGAUCUUUCUUUCCCUUUGUAUUCAUUUAAGCAUCUAAAUAAAAAGCUGUAUUGUGCUUAA